CUUCCUUUUCUUUUCUCUUUAUACUUUCACAUACUCAAGUACAUACAUACUCACAUUACACUUUACAUUCGAACCAUCCCUCAUAUCAUUUAUCAAUCACAUAGUAUAAGUCCACCACUCUAGCCAGUAAUGCCAACAUCUGUGCAUCAUUGCAAUCCGAACUGCAGUACCCCAUAUCAUGGUGACAAUAUAAAGCAUGUAUACCAGCAACAACGGUAUCCGUCGUUUUACUUUCUCAGAAAGCUCUUGCCGAGUUCAAUGCUGUUCCGCAAGCGACCACGCCACCAUCAUCAACAUCCAUUCAAUCACCAUCAUGCCACGGAUAAAACAGCGACAUCAACAUCGUCAUCGAGUCCGAACAUCAGACGCUCCGCCUCCACCAAUAGCAAGCCGCUUCAUGUUCUCGUACGCGUAUCAUCCAUCCGCAACGCGUCGUCCAUGUUCUUUGUAAAUAACAAGAGAAAGAAACGCAAUACCAGCGUAACUAAUGGCAGCAACAGUGGUACCCGUAGCCGAAGCAACAACAAAUAUCAUGGCAAUAAUGUUGAUAGCAAUGCUUUGUCAACGACAUCCUCGUCAUCGGAAAACAGUAGUAAUGUUAGUUUCUCAGUAGCUCUGAACAAAAAACUCAAAACAUCGGCAUCUACGGAUCUAAUAGCCAGCUCUAUGGCACGGCCCCUUUCACAUGGAAUCACCAGUCGUCGCAGCAUCAAAUGGCAAAACAUGACCACUGCUGCUACAACUGCUACAGCAAAAACAACAACAACAAUAACUCCUCAUUUACUACUACCUCAAAGGCCGUUUAGCGCCGAUUUCACCGAUACUUAUAACAACCUGCAUAGCUGCUGUUUCAUGAUCAUGGAUGAUGAUCUUGUUUCGGAGCAGUAUGAAGAGAACAUAAUGGAUGAUGAUGAUAAUGACAACUACCAAGACCGAGAUGUUAAUGAUGAUGUCGGUGAUAUCGGGUUACACCCUAGCCACACGAGUACCACAACCACUGCGCCAACAGCAUCCACCACAUCCUCAUCAUCGGCAUUAUCCUCUUUGGAUCAACAACAAAGCCCAAGCCAAGAAAAAUCAUUACCGUCGCUUCCGCCACCUCAACAACAACAACAACAGAGCUUUCGCCUUUUGCGGAGAUUAUCUAGAUUUGGCUCUUCUCCGGCACCGACAACAACAACAACAACCACAAAAACUCCUCGUCGUGCUACAUCGCUACUUGUUUCAACACCGUCAAUAUUUUUUACAGCUCAACAGCCAAAAUCAUCCACUACUAGUACCACUGCCACCAACUCAACGGCAGCAACAGAAACAACUGGCAAGCAUGAUGGUGACAAGAUCUUGGGAAGAUCCAUGUCCCUGUCGAAUUAUUAUCGACGUCGGUUUUCGUCAUUGAUCAUCACAAACAAUAAUGAAUUUGGCAACAGCAUGACCCGUGCGCGAUCGGUGUUUAUCCGAAACAAACAGGAGAGGGCCGUCGCCGUUUGGAAACGUUCCGUCGCACAGCUUGACUUGUCGGCGCCUCCACCAUCCUCCAGCUCUUUGCUCUUCGUCCUCCCUGUAGCAGAGCCUGAUACUACUAAUGGUAGUAAUGAUAUGAGCAGUAGCAAGAAUGAUGCCAUACGCGCAUUUAUCCUGAACGAACUUUACGCGACUGAAACUUCCUAUCAUCGUCUAUUGGAUUUUAUCUCUACGAAAUACAUGCAGCCGAUGGUUGCUGCAAUGCAGAACAGGGACCCGCUGCUUGUCAAGAAGUCAGGCGAUAUCCCAAUCCUGUUUGGCCAUUUAGCCCAACUCUUGAAAGUCUCCCAAGGGCUGAUUGAUAUGCUCGACCGGCAGGUGCACGUCGCACAAGUGUUUAUGUCAUUACAGGAAGAACUCACGAUCUUUCUACGAUAUGCAGUUCAUUACAAGACAUAUUUCAAGACUAUUCGACGAGCAUGCCAAACCAACGCACUGUUAUUGAGUAUUGAGCGGGUAAGGAAUUAAAGCAAAACUGUUAUUGGGUGCCACAACUACGGGCUCAGUGUGCACAGCAGCUCUAUUUACUGUUACUAUAUACGGAGUAGACGGUUUUGUAUCUGCUCGUUGUUACAUCCAUGCUGAGCGUUGUAUUAUAUCAUAUUACACGCGACAUAGAUACAAGUGUAUUAAUUGAAUCGGUCAAUUGAUAUUGAUAGGAAUGCUUGGCUCGGCGCGACACCA